UAACAAUAAUAAUAAUUGGAGGUUUGUUGGUUCAAUCAAUACUAGUAAAAAAAAAAACAGAAACGCAGAAAGCAUUGCCUGAAGCCCUACUUACCAGGCACUACCGCCUUUUGACCAAGUAUGCUAAAUAAGCUGUGGUAUGAUUCUUGUGGAACAAGAGGGUGAGAGCAUGGAGGUGAGGGCUUUAUCCCACCAUGUGUUGGCGCAAUAGGCUGCGAAUUUUUACCUACGCGCUCGGCUGUCCAGGGAAUCCGCGGUAAUGGGACAUGUCAUGAGGAGAAUGAUACUCAAGCUGACAGAAGCCUGAGGGGAUUCCGUAGAAUUCCCGCCGGAAAGUGGCCUGGCAACUUCAGACCUCCACAUAUCGGUCUGUUCCCGGGAACCUCAGAACUGGGGUCCGUCCUGAACCCCAAAAUUUUUGUCCUUUGGGCCUUUGAUUCGCAAUUCCAGCAGCAGAAGACGGAGCGGUAACAAUGGACAACCCGAUGUCUCAUUGGAUUCUGAGAAAACGAGAGAACGUAGUGGUACGGUAGCCUGGGAUUUUUUCGCCUCUCUUGCAAUUCAGCUGGGGAUCAUAAGCAAACGCGAUGUUCUGGAUCUUGGACAGAAAACAUAUGUCUCCAGCGCCGCCGAGCGCUAGUUAUCUUUUCAUGCCCCUGCAAAAAAGCACCCGCAAACCCACCAAACUCUGCACUAGUAAGAGACAGGGUGUCACAGCUUCCACGCAAGGGACGGUCCUGUCAUCCACCCUUGGCCAGACGCUUACCGGAGAAUUAACCAGGAGCAAAAAUGUUGUCAACUGGAAUAUCUGGUCGUACAAAAUGAGCUUAUUUAGUUCGCAAAUCCCUGUUCAGCCAUUCUCCACCCCCCCCCCCCCCCCUCUUGACUUUGUGGCCCCAUCCCCGGGAGGGAGUUGGAAUUGAACAAAAUGAACCGAUUCCCCAGAUUUUUCUGAAUAUCAUCACUCCAUAACUUUAAGCUGUUGCUGACACCCCCAGCUGGCUGAUGUUCAUACCAUUGUCACUAUUAUUGAAACUUUGUCCUCAAGCAGAUGCCGACCUUAUCGUCUUAUAUCAUUUAGAUCCCUUCUGAGAUCCUCCUCUCUUCAAACGCAUCCAUAAGCACGGAUGUGAAGGGAGUAAGAAGAGCAAACCCCACGGCUACACGGCUACAAGAGGACCAGUCCAUACAUACUAUACUAGAAGCCAACAUGAAUCUAGCCGUUAUGCUAUGGGCAGCAUACGGUCCCGCGGGUUCCAGUCACCACGAGACGAGAUCGCUGGCACCACGAAGAGUCACUCCAUUCACAAUUGAUCCUUUACCGGCAGACCACCGAAGAGGUCUCAUAGGUGUUGGCGUUACCUCCCUGAUCUCGACUGUUUCUACGGGAGUCCUAUUCAUCGUGUUCACUUACCGCUUAGUCUACUGGCGAAAAUACUAUUCGACAUAUAUUGGCUAUAAUCAAUACAUUAUCCUGAUUUACAAUUUGCUGUUAGCGGAUUUUCAACAAGCUGUCGGAUUUCUGCUGGCAUUACAUUGGGCUAUCACGAACCGAAUAUCUGCCGACUCACACAUAUGCUUCACUCAAGGGUGGUUACUACAGAUCGGUGAUCCGUCCAGCGGGCUGUUCGUUCUGGCAAUUGCUGUCCAUACCUUCGCAAUGGUGCUGAUGGGGAGGAAACUCUCUCAUCGUUGGUUCAUAGUUUGCGUGUGUUUUGUCUGGGCCUUUGCUGUGCUUUUAACACUCAUUCCUACAUUGCGAUAUGGGAGGGAAACUUACGUUCCAUCUGGCGCAUGGUGUUGGAUCGAUGAAGUGUACGACGCAGACAGACUGUGGACACAUUACGUGUGGAUUUUUGUUGCAGAGUUCGGAUCCGUCGUGCUGUAUAUGAUCCUGUUUUUCCACCUCCGCCACCAAGUUGCACAAUCCGCCCUUCUAGGAAGAGGGCAAAAAGAACAUCUCCGCCGCCUUAGAAGAGUAAUUGGAUACAUGGUCCUGUAUCCGAUUGCAUACCUUAUCUUAUCGCUGCCACUUGCAGCUGGCCGCAUGGCGACCGCCAGAGGAGGCAAAUUAAGUGUCACUUACUUCUGCACUGCUGGUGCAGUUAUUGCCAGCUCCGGAUUCGUGGAUGUGAUCAUGUACACCCUGACCCGACGGGCGCUUCUUAUGGACUCUGAACCUAGCAACGUUGACCGCUUCUACCCUUCUCAGCGUAUCGGGCAUAGUCACAUCACAACCGUCACGGCGGACCAUAAACAGUCGCGCUUAGACAACAGCAUUCUUCACCGGCGGCAGGUGACGGAAAGGGACACUCGUGGAGAUCGUGACGGGUCGACGGAUAGCAUUGUGCAACCUCUAGAGCUCAGCGAACUUGGUAAAGUCUACCAGAAAACGACAAUUGAGAUCACGACCGAACUGGCGGAAGAUAACAGCACCUCGCCUGAUAGCUCUGUGAACGAAACGCGGAUGCCUCCACCGCCACGUACCUGGCACAGACGAUUAGAGGAAUGAUACUUUGAUAUUUGGGCGUUGGAGUUUUGGGCUAGAGUUUUCCUUUUUCCUUUUCCUUCUAGUUAUUUUCCAUAGACGACUUGGUGAUUUCCUUUUUUAACGCCUUCCUGUCCUCAGAUCAUAGCCCUACAGUCUUUUAAUUUCACCGUUUUUAAUAUUUUUAUUUACCGUGCAAGGCUCUCUGUAUACUCCAGCGAUUGAAAGGGAGCCCUGAUCCCUUUCCUUGAUCCCGACAUAUUCCCUACCUCUCCGUUACCGUACAACAUUUAUUUCCUUUAUGUGAGACGAGAUCUCCGUUCCCCGUUAUAACCUGCACGGAAACAUGCCAUAAAAUGGUACCAUGCAACCUGUCGGUUCUAUUCCUUAUUCGGUCGCCCAACCUUGUCGCCGCUCUCUCGGUGAAAGGGCAGUUAAUCUACGGAAAGGAAAAAAAAAACAAAAAAGAAACGACCUAUACAAAUUCUACCACGAAAAGCGAAAAUUAUGCUGCGCUUACUCCCGCCAUACCCGCCGUCUUUGCAUUCGAAAGAAAGCUUUACAUUUCGUGGAGUAGGGACUACCAUUCCAUCUGUCCUAUAUCAUUUAAAAAUACUCCUGACGUUGCGCCAGACAAUUUCUUACAUGUACUUUUAUGUAUCUGCCGUCUUGCCCUCUACUCCUCUCAUUGCUAUCGCUAUCAUGCAGCAACAGUCAGGGAGGAGCAUAGCACAUAAGCCUGCCCGAGUCACACUGGUUAACUUGUUAGAUAAGGCAAUUAAAUCUAGAUAAUAGCAUGUAUCAACUCAUUUCCUUUGCUUUAUGUUCCACUACUUCAUUUUCCCUGCUGCUGGUUUUAGACAAAGGUAUCUUCGAGGUGUCUGUAUACUUGAGAGAAGA